CCUGAAAGAGCUCAUUGUAGAGGCUGGGAUGUGAUUGCAUGAGCACUAUGAUACUGGUAUGGAGCUAGCUAGCUAACUGUAUUAGUUGGUCAGCACUGGAGGGGCUUAGCUUGCUCCUAGCAGACGGGGAUUUCUGAAGUCUGAAUCAUGGACAUAGUCAUUACUAUCAACUGGGAGUGGAGCAGAAAUUGUGCAAGAGACGGAUAGGGCAUGUUUCUAAAAAUUGAGCGGUUAAUGCUUCGAGUCAGAGUUCCAAGAGACCAUUCCGUUCGGAUAGAUGCAUUCCGAGUACUGUUUUAGGAUCCGUACGCUUGUUCAUCCACAUGUGUUCUUCACUGAAGUGGCCAGGCGGGGGUAAAACAGGAGACGCUGAGCGAGAAAAAAGCUCAAUUUGCGGAUAUUUUUUUCCGUUUGACUGGGGUUUCUGAAUUUGAAGAGAAGGAGAGGACGACACAUACUCGUUGCUAACUAUUUCUUGAACCAGGCUGAAACAUGGGGAACGCAGGGAGUAUGGACCAACAGGCUGAUUUCAGGGGUCAUAACAUGCCUUUGAAACUCCCCAUGCCAGAGCCAGGUGAACUGGAGGAAAGAUUCGCAAUUGUUUUGAGUUGUAUGAACCUCCCUCCAGACAAAGCCAGACUACUGCGUCAGUACGACAACGAGAAGAAGUGGGAGCUCAUCUGUGACCAGGAAAGGUUCCAGGUGAAGAACCCCCCGCAUACGUACAUUCAGAAGCUGAGGGGUUAUCUGGACCCCGCCGUCACCAGCAAGAAAUUCAGACGAAGAGUACAGGAGUCCACACAAGUCCUGAGGGAACUGGAAAUUUCAUUACGGACCAAUCACAUCGGGUGGGUGAGAGAGUUCCUGAACGAGGACAACAAAGGUCUGGAUGUUCUGGUGGAAUAUCUUUCUUUUGCACAGUAUGCUGUCACAUUUGACGGAGAUGGUGUUGAGAGUAGUACAGACAGCUUUGUGGACAAGACCAAACCCUGGAGCCGCUCCAUAGAGGACCUCCAUGGAGGAGGACCCCUCCUCACCCCCCCCACCAGUGGCAACAACCUGUCCCGUAUAGGACGCCACUCAACGCUACGUUGUAACACGCUCCCCAGCAGGCGGACGCUGAAGAACUCCAGGAUGGUGUGUAAGAAGGACGACGUCCACGUCUGCAUCAUGUGCCUCCGAGCCAUCAUGAACUACCAGUAUGGCUUCAACAUGGUCAUGUCGCACCCUCAUGCUGUGAAUGAAAUUGCACUUAGUCUCAACAAUAAGAACCCUAGAACCAAAGCCCUGGUACUGGAGCUGCUGGCAGCUGUGUGUCUGGUGAGGGGAGGACACGAAAUCAUCCUCUCCGCCUUCGACAACUUUAAGGAGGUGUGCUCUGAGGACCAGAGGUUUGAGAAGCUGAUGGAACACUUCAAGAACGAGGACAACAACAUCGACUUCAUGGUGGCCUGCAUGCAGUUCAUCAACAUCGUGGUCCACUCAGUGGAGGACAUGAACUUCAGAGUCCACCUGCAGUACAACUUCACCAAGCUGCGUCUUGAUGAGUAUCUGGACAAGCUGAAACACACAGAGAGUGACAAGCUGCAGGUGCAGAUCCAGGCCUACCUUGACAACGUGUUUGAUGUUGGCGCUCUGCUGGAGGACGCAGAGACCAAGAACGCAGCGCUGGAGCGCGUGGAGGAGCUGGAGGAGAAUGUGUCACACAUGACAGAGAAGCUGCUGGACACAGAGAACGAGGCCAUGGCUAAGAUCGUGGAAUUGGAGAAACAGCUGAUGCAGAGGAACAAUGACCUGGAGAGCAUUAGGGAAGUGUACAAAGACGCCAGCUCGCAGGUGCAUACGUUGCGCCGCAUGGUGAAGGAGAAGGACGAGGCCAUCCAGAAGCAAGGCGACCUGGAGAAGAAGAUCCAGGCCCUGGAGAUGCGGAAGAACCCUGGAGGCGUCCUGUCCUCGGCCCCCCCCCUGCUCCCGGGAGGGGAGGGGGGCACAGGCAUGGCCAAUGGCACUGGCAGCGGCCCUGCGGGGCAUGACAACGUUGGGGGGGCCCCAGGGGUGCCCUCGCCGCCCCCUCCUCCCCUCGCUGCUGGGUCAGUACCAAAUGGUCUGACAGCCCCUCCCCCUCCUCCCCCUCCCCCCCCUCCCCCGGGCCCUCCCAUCAUGUCUGGCCCCCCGCCCCCCCCUGCGGCCCCCCCCCUGCCAGGCUGCGGCUCUCCCACCGUCAUCUUUAACGCAGGGUUAGCAGCUGUGAAGAUCAAGAAGCCCAUUAAGACCAAGUUCCGGAUGCCCGUCUUCAACUGGGUUGCCCUCAAACCCAACCAGAUUAACGGUACCGUGUUCAACGAGAUCGACGAUGAGAGGAUCCUGGAAGAUCUGAACGUAGAUGAGUUUGAGGAGAUGUUUAAGACGAAAGCCCAGGGCCCAGCCAUCGACAUGACCGCAAGCAAGACUAAGGUGAUUCAGAAGGUCCCUCACAAGGUGUCGCUGCUCGACUCCAACCGAGCCAAGAACCUAGCCAUCACCCUGCGCAAGGUGGGCAAGCCCCCUGAGGAGAUCUGCAAGGCCAUCCAGCUGUUCGACCUGCGCACACUGCCGGUGGACUUUGUGGAGUGUCUGAUGCGGUUCCUGCCCACGGAGAACGAGGUGAAGAUCAUGCGUCAGUACGAGAAGGAACGGAAGGCUGUGGACGUGCUGACUGACGAGGAUCGCUUCAUGAUGCAGUUCUCCAGGAUCGAACGGCUCAUGCAGAAGAUGACCAUCAUGGCCUUUGUGGGAAACUUCUGUGAGAGCGUGCAGAUGCUGACCCCGCAACUCCACGCAGUCAUUGCAGCAUCGGUGUCAAUAAAAUCGUCUCAGAAACUGAAGAAGAUUCUGGAAAUCAUCUUGGCUCUAGGAAACUACAUGAACAGCAGUAGAAGAGGAGCAGUGUAUGGCUUCAAGCUGCAGAGUUUAGACCUGCUGUUAGACACAAAGUCGACAGACCGCAAGAUGACCUUGUUGCACUACAUUGCCAAUGUUGUGAAGGACAAAUACCAGCAGGUGUCCCUGUUCUACAACGAACUGCACUAUGUGGAGAAGGCUGCUGCUGUGUCGCUGGAUAACGUUCUCCUGGACAUGCGGGAACUACAGAGGGGGAUGGACCUGAGCAGGAGAGAGUACAGCAUGCAUGGACACAACACCCUCCUCAGAGAUUUCAUCACUCACAACGAGGCCAAGCUCAAGAAGCUGCAGGAGGAAGCCAAAAUCGCACAGGAUGCGUUUGAUGAGGCGGUGAAGUUCUUUGGCGAGAACUCCAAGACCACGCCUCCCUCGGUCUUCUUCCCUGUGUUUGUACGCUUCAUCAAAGCCUACAGGCAAGCAGAGCAGGAUAACGACCAGAGGAGGAGGCAGGAGAUGCUGGAGCAAGAGGCCAUGAUGGAGCUGGAGGACCACAAGUCUCCGUCCCAGAAGAACAGGCGUCAGCAGCAGGAGCUCAUAGCAGAGCUGAGGAAGAAGCAGGUGAAGGACAGCCGCCACGUGUACGAGGGGAAGGACGGUGCCAUCGAGGACAUCAUCACGGAUCUUCGAAACCAGCCUUACCGCAGAGCUGACGCGGUGAGGAGGAGUGUCCGGAGACGGUGUGAUGACCAGAACCUGCGGCCCGUCAACAAUGCUGAAGUGGUCAUGUGACAAGGAGACAGAGGAUGUGCUGGGUCAUGUGUCAAUGAGAUCGAGAAUGUGCUGGGGGGAGAGGGAGGUGAUGGGGAGGAGGGGAAGUGAAGAAAGGGGUUAGGGAUGUUUGAAAUGAAAGACAAGUGAGUGAUGAAAGCAGCCAUAGAUUAAGCAUAUGUAUAAACUAAAUAAGAAUACAUAUCUUCUAUGUACAUAUCUUUCUCCAUGUCUGUGGUCUGAUACUGUGUAAGGAUUAGAGUAAGGAGAGAGAGGAAUAGAAAGAGAGAGAGAGAGAGAGAGAGAGAGAGAGAGAGAGAGAGAGGGAGGGGAAGAGAGAGAAACGUAAGUUCGAGGGAACCUCAGAAAGCCAAGUGCCUGAAAUGAUGUGGUCAGAUGUCUUCCGUUUGUUGUACUUUGUGUUUUUUUUGUUGUUACUUCGAGCAAUACAACUUGACAUGGCUUUAAUAUAGAAUAUUUCCCUCUGUGUUUAACUGAACACAAAUGUCUGUAGUAAAGAGCCUCAGAGAAAUGCAUUGUGGGAAAUGUGUUGAAUGUACGGAACAUCAGGUUCCAUUGCUGUUGAGUGAAUAUGAAUAUGAAAUUCUAUAGUAUCUCACAACAUUCCGGUGCUAUCACCAUUCUAAUUAGAAUACACAAUGUGCAUCACUAGCACUCUAUACAAACCCAUCCCCUUUUCAAUGUUUUACUCAAGGGCUACUGACCUUUUUAAAGAGGACAUGAUUUGUCUUGGAUAAAGUGAUUCAAAAAGUAUUUUUUCAUCAAUGAAACUACGGUGUUACUACCCCAGUUAAGAGGAAGCAUUGGAGAUACUGUUUUGGUGUGGAGCAGGGACGUAGACACCAGGCUAAUGUGAAGCAUAGCUAGCUAACCAUCCAUACUACCUAUUCAACAACACUGCUUGCUCAUGCAGAUUUCCAAGAGCCACACACAGGUCUGCCUAGUGGGGUCAAGCUCAGAAAAGGAAAGGUUCUCUGGUUAGGGUGAGAGGUUAGCUUAAAGGUUCUCUGGUUAGGGUGAGAGGUUAGCUUAAAGGUUCUCUGGGAGUUUUGCUGGACUGUGCGAAAGGCACUUUGGGAUAGUUAGGGAACUUGCUUUGAAAACUGGAUUCCUUUUUACUAUUUUUGUUGUUGUUGUAAGUUUAGGCAGUGGCGUCUACUCACUUGUAAGUUUUAAUGUAUAGUAUUUAACCACUGAACUGUUUCCUGUCAGUUACUUGUGUCCCAUUUAUCCCGAGAGACUGUUUUUGUUUUUGAUUUUUUUCAUAUCAAAACCAUGGUGAACAAACAGCACAAAGUUUUCUAAAUGUACAGAUAUUUUGCUACCAUCAAAGAAAACAAGGUUCAAUUUUUUACUUCUCAUUUAACACAUUUAAUAAUGUACAUAUUGUUUAAACAAUGUUUGCAGCACCCUGUUCUAUACAAUCUGAACGUUGUUUUAACUUAGUUUUUAUUUUUCAUUUUGUAUAUUUAACUAAGCCAAAACCAGAGAUGACUGCCUACCAUUAACUAGUAAACCAGAGAAUGGCUGGUUAGGGUUAGGUGCCUACCAUUAACUAGCUCUAAUGUCCAAGACCCUGGCAACACGCUGGAGGGGUUUUCCCCAGAUAUGUCAAAUAUGUAAUUAUCUGAGUUAGCCAGCUAACAUGAUAUAUUUGUAUUUACAUCAUGAUAUAUGUUCAUAUAACUGUGAAUUAAAACAUUGUCCUCCAAGAAUUGCUACUCUAUCAACCCAUGAAUUAUAAGGAAUUGACCCCUGAAUUGAAGUAAAAGCUUUGUGAAAGUUAUGUUAGCUUUGCGCCCCAUCUCUGUUGUAAUGAUUGAACUGUUGUCUUCAUUGAUAUCCUGAUGGUAGCAUUGCCAUCUUUCUCCUUUGCUUCUGAUGUCAUUUCUCUGGACGAGAUCAUACCAGCAUGGUUGGGGUCUCUCAUCAGAAAUUUAUUUUAGGCAUUGUGUGCUUAUUACAAAAUACUUUAACAACUUUAUAUAAUCCACGUUUCUGAAUGAAUAUGAUGAAACUAGAUUGGGUAUAAUUUUCUGGGGAAAUGGUGUAAGUAUGCUUGCCAUUGGGGCAGUUUAACUACAUCACCUCCAAACCUAUUGUUUCAAUUAAUAUUAAAUGUUCAUUAUGUUCA